AUGGUCAAGAAUGGAGAUUAUGCCAUGCGUUUCAGAAACGAGUUGCGAAUAUUGGAUGGAUAUGGGCAAAUGCUGGCAAAUUAUUUUCAAGUUUAUUUGGUGGUCAACAUUUUGGUCGAACAACUUCACCGAUUAUGUGAAUUUUACAGAGAACUGUUCGCCGAUUCAUUGUUUAGUUUCUUCAUUCAUUCGCUGAAUGGCUUCCCUCAUUCUUUUCCUUUUUUUGCUUCAUUCGUUCCACCUUUGGUUCAGCCAUUUCUGCCUAAUCCCGCAGACGCGGCGUGGCUGUCACUUAUUAACGAACGACGACAGGUGAAACUUUUACCAAAGGUUACCGAAAACACAUUUGAAUACCUGAUGGACCGACUUGAGAAGCAAUCGCAUUUCCAAACGCUGAACGACGAUUCGCCGCAGUUGGUCGACGAAGAUGCCGUCUGUUGCGUGUGCAAUGAUGGCGAAUGUGAAAAUUGCAACGUCAUCCUGUUUUGUGACAUGUGCAACCUGGCUGUUCAUCAGGAAUGUUAUGGUGUUCCGUACAUUCCCGAAGGGCAGUGGUUAUGCCGCAGAUGUCAGCUUUCGCCGUCGCAAGCUGUCGAUUGUUGUCUAUGCCCAAAUCGCGGUGGUGCCAUGAAGCAGACAUCAGACGGCCGAUGGGCUCACGUUUCUUGUGCUUUAUGGGUACCAGAAGUGCAGUUCGCCAACACGGUGUUUUUGGAACCGAUCGAGGGUCUGGAUUCGAUUCCGGCUGCUCGUUGGAAGCUCACUUGCUAUCUUUGCCGCAGGAAGGGCGUCGGUGCCUGUAUACAGUGCCACAAACCGAGCUGCUAUGUUGCCUUCCACGUCACUUGUGCUCAGAACGCGGAUUUGUAUAUGAAAGUCGAACCCGUUACAAGUGGCGGCGAUUGCGAACGCAGUCCGCUGCAUGCAGCGAAAUUCACUGAGGUGAGAAUCCGUUACCCGAGGAACUACCAGUUAAUUGGAAAAUUUUACGUUGGAAUUCGAGGUCAUACCUUGAAAUUGCCAGGCUGA